UAUCUUAUAUUUUCUUCCAGAUUUUUGUUCAGUCUAUUGAAAAUCGGUCAGUUUGGUAAAAAUGGCAGAGAUCUGGUGUUUUUUUGUUAUCGGAAUUUUAAGUCUUAUAAUUUUGUUACUCUUCGACUACGUCAAAAAUAUUCAAUUUUAUAAACAUGCUGCAAAAAUUCCGGGGCCGAAGGCGUUCCCUAUUGUAGGAAAUGCUCUCAGAUUUCUUGGAAAGGAUUCCUCAGAUGCAUUAUACACAUUAUUGGAUAUUUUUGAAAGCUAUACUUCUCCCUCUCGAAUGUGGUUGGGCAAUCAAUUGUGGGUUGGAAUUUACGAACCUGAUCAAAUAAAAACUCUUUUAACAAGUCCAAAAUCCUUAGAGAAAAGUGAUAUAUACAGAUUCAGCCGGCCCUGGUUCGGUAAUGCGCUGCUCCUUGCUCCAGUUCCACUAUGGCGUGCUCAUCGAAAGUUAAUUCAACCUGCUUUUAAUCCUCAAACUCUACGAUCAUUUUUACAAAUUUUUGAUAAAUGUGCAAUAUCAAUGGUGGAAAAAAUGGGAAAAAAACUUGAUGAAGGUGAAUUCGAAGUAGAACCCUAUUUUACGUCUAUCUCUUUGAGCAUUGCUUUAGAAGGUACUAUGGGCAUUGUGGAAAAUUCUGACUCAAAAGAAUACGCACGAUAUACUGAAUGUGUAAACAGAGCCACAGCCCUAAUGAUGACGCGAGCGUACAGGCCUUGGUUACAUCCAGAUAUCAUUUUCAAUUUUACCGAAAUGUCAAAGGAAUUUACCAAAUGCGUUAACUGGAUGCACAAUAUAGCACAUACUAUAAUUGAAAAGAAAAAACUGAAAUUGUCAAAAACUGGUGAAGAAGAAAAGGAUGAAAUUUCAAUUCAAAGGAAAGGAUUUUUAGACUUACUCUUAGACCUACAAGAUCAACAGAAAUUAUCUGAUCAAGACAUAUCUGAUGAAGUAAACUUAAUGAUAGUGGGGGCAUAUGAAACUGUGGCAGUUAGUCUUGAAUAUUUAAUGUUGGUAUUGGCCUCCUAUCCUGACAUACAGGAAAAAGUAUAUCAGGAGUUGAAUCACAUUUAUGGCAAAGUAAUUCCAGAAAAUGUGUCUAUUACGACUGAUGACUUAAAGCAAAUGGAAUAUACAGAACGUGUGAUUCAAGAAUCGCUAAGACUGUUUCCUACCGUACCAGUUGUUUUGCGGAAAGUGGAAGAAGAUAUUAAAAUAGAAGGUGGCUGCAUAAUACCAAAAGGUACCACAGCUCUCUGCUUUAUAACAAAGAUUCAUCGUGAUGAAAAAUACUGGCCUGAUCCACUAAAAUUUGAUCCUGAUAGAUUUCUUCCUGACGAAGUCGCGAAACGGAAUCCAUACUGUUAUUUGCCAUUCAGCAAAGGACCAAGAAACUGUAUAGGUUCUGUAUAUGCUAUGAUGGAGAUGAAGACAAUUUUAACCAGAAUUCUUCUGAAGUAUGUGAUAAAAAAGGAACACAUCCAACCCAUCAAAAAUAUUAAACAAAAGUUAGACGUCAUGUCUCAUCCUGUUGAACCAAUAACAGUACAAAUUGUAAAAAGACUAUCAUGAAUUUAAAAAGUAAUAUUAAAUAAUUGACUAAUUCGUUA